AUGUCAUCGCCGGAACCGCAUGAAAAUGGAUUCGGCCUCGAGCCCCGAUGGAGCGUUGAACCUGAUAUCAAGACUAUCAAGCAGACAACACAGUCGAUUCGGCUAUCAAGCACGGUUGAGGUAGUCUUUUUCGAGCAGGGCGCUUUCAACAAGCUCUACAAUGUUAGAAUCAACGAGGAAAAAGCUCAUCAUGCGAGUUUCAUUGCCGGUGGACUCAUGGCUGGGCUAGUCCUCCCUCCCCAGCAUGGGUCCAUGACGGCGCCGGCGAAAGAGACUCGGGCUUCACGCCUCCUGUUCGAGCUCACCGGCAAGCCGAGGACGGCCGCACUGGGUCUGGCGCUCGCGGCGGUGGUGCUGAUUAACAUUGCCAGUUUUAUUGCUGCUAACUCUAGUUCAAUUAGCAUUCUUUCUAGCUCUGCGACGCUCGCUGCAGUGCUUGCAGGGUCGAGAUCGGGAGCACGCGGCAGCCCCUCCGCUGAUAUCAUCGGCACGCGGGCAGACAGCAACUACUACUACUACGUCCCUUCUCCCUCUCCCGCGCCCCUCGACUCUUCUUCUUCCUCCCCCAACCCCCAGCUUUCCCUCCAUCUGCCUCUCUGCCCCUCGGAAGCGAUGAUCAUGCCUGCUCCAGGGCCCUCUGUCGCCGCUGCCGCGCGUCUGGCGCGCCAAUUCGACUACCCCUCGCCCCAGCUGCAGCGCGGGGUCGACGAGUUUCUGCGCCAGAUGUCCGAGGGCCUCUCCAAGUCUGGCGCCACGCUCAGCCAGAUUCCGACCUACGUGACCAGCGUGCCCAAUGGAACCGAAAAGGGCCUGUAUCUCGCCGUCGACCUCGGAGGCACCAACUUCCGCGUCUGCUCCAUCGACCUGCACGGCGACAGCACCUUCAACCUGACCCAGUCCAAGGUCCCCAUCCCCCGCGACCUGAUGGUCGCUCCCUCCUACAAACAGCUGUUCCAGUUCCUCGCCAAGCAGGUCGAGCACUUUCUGGAACUCCACCACAACGAACACUUCGAGACCACCGUGCGGAGGCGCCGCAUGACUGGCACCACAGACCAGUACCGGCGCGAGGAAAUCUUUGAUCUUGGAUUUACUUUCAGCUUCCCCGUGCACCAGACGUCCAUUAACCAGGGCACGCUGAUCCGAUGGACCAAGGGCUUCGACAUUCCCGACGCUAUUGGCAAGGAUGUGUGCUCCAUGCUGCAGAAUGCCAUUGACGAGCUGCAUCUGCCCGUGCGCGUGGCAGCGCUCGUCAACGACACUGUCGGCACUCUGAUGGCGCGCUCGUAUACCUCGCCCGGCAAGACCGAGACGCUGAUUGGAGCCAUUUUUGGCACCGGCACCAAUGGCGCAUACCUCGAGUCCCUGAACAAGGUAACCAAGAUGGACACCUCUAAAGGCGCCGACUUUGACCAGUCCACGGGCAACAUGGUCAUCAACACAGAAUGGGGCAGCUUUGACAACCAGCUGAGCGUGCUGCCCAACACCGAAUUCGACCAGCAGCUCGACGCCGGCUCGGUCAACCCAGGCAUCCAGAUGUUCGAAAAGCGAGUGUCGGGCAUGUUCCUAGGCGAGAUCCUGCGCCGGGCGAUCCUGUCGCUGACCAAGGACCCGGAAGCAAACCUGCUGCAGAAGAACGGCAGCUCGAUCCCGGACACAUCGCCGCUGUAUAGCGUCUGGGGCAUUGACACGAGCUUCCUCAGCGCGGUCGAGGCCGACACGACCAGCGACUUGGCCCUGACCAAGGCCGCGCUGCGCGAGCACUUUGAAGUGCAUGACCCCAGCACCGACGACGCCGUGGCCAUUAAGACGAUUGGCCACGCGAUUGCCAAGCGCGCAGCCCGGCUGAGCGCUGUCGCUCUGUCGGCUGUUCUUCUGGAUACAGGGCGCAUCAACACGGAUGAGACGGUCGACAUUGGCGUCGACGGCAGUCUGGUAGAGUUUUACCCCAAGUUUGUAGACUACAUCCGCGAAGCGAUGCGUGAGAUCAAGGGCGUGGGCGAGAAGGAGCGAAAAGUUCGCAUCGGCAUAGCCAAGGAUGGCAGCGGCGUUGGCGCUGCUCUGAUUGCGCUGGUAGCUCAUAAAAGUAAUGUCGGUCAACCACGCCGAUGA